CCUAAUUCACUUGCCCAUGGACAAGUGCCAUGGGAAAAACUACUUGUCUGUAGGCAAAAAGUCCCGAGUCGGACAUAGGAAUUCCGCACCCCUGUCAGGUUUUAAAGUAUUUUUUAUAUAGGGCAUAAUCUAGAUUUAAUGCCAGUUUACCUGUUUUCCUGUUUACAGUAUGGUUAUAGUUUUUCACAAUAAAUCAUUUUGAUCUUAAUUAGGUUGACUUUAGUCAGUGAACAGAAUUUGAUUCUGAUUUUGCUUUUGUUAGAAAAGUGCUGUACGGCUAGCCUGUACAGUGUCCUAGUAAGUAUGCUAGCAGUAUGGGCCCGUUCACCAAAUGGAAUACAGGUAAAGGUUCCCCAAAAUUACAUCAGGGUCAGCUCGGCCUAAAACUUUCUUGGCACCCAAGGUACAUGUAUCUCGGCCCUAUACCUUCUCAGCAUGGGUCAACUCGAAACACUUCUUAUUUUGGUAAUAGUUUUCAUCACAGAAUUAUUAUCACAGAAUCAUGACUAUGAGUGGAUGUUGAUUUUUGUGCUGUGAUUAUAAUUAAGUUAUGAUAGUAAACCCAUUGACACAAUCUACAUAAUUGUAUGCAUCUAUUUUCGAAGUACUAAAGAAUGAUCAACUCUUGUAAAUAUUUUUGUGAGGCUUCUUUUUUCCUUUUUUUCCUGGACUUUCUUAAUUGUCAAAUUCUUAAUAUAAUGUACAUAAAAAUAUAACCUAUGUUGAAAAAAUGUUCUGAGUUGGUAUAGGGUCGAGUUGAUAAAGUACUUGAACUGUCAGACACAGCUCUUACAUUACAUUGUAUCAUGUUAUUACCUUAGCUUUUAAUAUUUGCCUUUUCCUUAUUUAAAAUCACAUGUUUAUAUUUAUAUUGUUAAUAAAAUACAUUACCAUUUAGCUUAGUCUUCAUAAUGAUCCAUUUUGUAUUAUUUAGAAUGACAGAAAUUACUGAACUGAUGCGAGAGGCUCUUUUUAAUAUCGCAAAUGAUUUGGAAGGCCAUCGCACAGCUAACUGUAAGGAACAGUUAGAAAACAUUGUCCACAUACUCCUUGAUGAGAUGUCACAGAUUUCAACAGUACAUGAAAAUGUAGUUGAUUUGAUAAAUGCAGCUAUCAGGCUUUUAGAAGAUGAUGAAGACAGGGAGACAAGAACUGCUUUUAAGCCAAAUCUGUGUUAUACAAACAAUAAAGGGUGGCCAUCAUACCAAAUAGCUGAAGAAACAUUGAAGUAUUAUGUAGAAAAUGACUUUUCAGUAAAUGACAUAUCCUCUAUAUUAAAUGUUAGUUCUAGAACUAUAGCAAGGAGAUUGCAAUAUUACAGUCUAUCUAUUAGAAACUCAUAUUCUAACAUAGAUGAUAAUGAACUUGAUGAACUUGUUGCAAGUAAAGUGCAAGAAUUUCCAAAUUCUGGAUAUAGAACUAUUUAUGGACACUUGAAAUCUGUUGACGUGAGAAUUCAAAUAUCAAGAGUUAGGGAGGCUAUAAAAAGAGUUGAUCCAUGUGCUGUUGCUGUUCGGAGACUUUUUAUGCAGCAUUACAGAAUUAAAAGACGGCGAUACAAUGUUGAGGCUCCUAUGGCACUUUGGCAUGUAGACACAAACCACAAGCUGAUAAGAUGGAGAUUUGUGAUACAUGCAGGUAUUGAUGGCUACUCGCGCCUACCAACCUACACAGUUAUUGCUCCAGACAAUACUUCUGAGACUGCUUUAAAUGCUUUCAAAAGUGGUGUAAUAGAGUAUGGGGUUCCACACAGAGUUAGAACUGAUAAAGGAAAGGAAAAUAUUGGAAUAGCUGAAUUCAUGUUACAACAUUGGGGUAUAGAUAGCAAAAGUCAUAUUACUGGUCGUAGUGUUCAUAAUCAAAGAAUUGAACGCUUUUGGAGGGAAGUCUGGCAAGGUUGUACAGGCACGUUUCAUCAACUUUUUUCUAUGAUGGAAGAAUCUGGUAUGAUGAAUGCAGACAGUGAGCUUGAUCUCAUAGCAUUACAUUCUGUAUUCUUGGAAAGAAUACAGCAAUCUUUGAAUAGGUUUCGUUUAGCCGUAUCAAGAAGGCCAUUAAGGACUGAAGGCAACAAGUCUCCAUUACAGUUAUGGAUAUUAGGUCAAGGUCUGCCAGUACUAAAUUUAUCAGCUGAUGAAUUAUCUGUUUAUGGAAUAGAUUUUGAUGGACCAAUACACACAAGCCAAGGAGAAAUUGUUGUUCCUUCCUUGUACAAUGUCCCAGAUCACAUACAAGAUGGAAUGAAUGAAAUAAAAAGCAGAACCUCCCAAAUUGAUGAAAUAUUUGAAACAGACACUUACUUAGCAUUAAAGGAAUACUUGCAUUCUCAGCUAAACUUAUUUUAAAAUUGACCUCCUUUUUAUAUUAAGAACCUGUGUGCAUGUGUUUGACCAUUGAAUCCUUAACAAAAUGUUGAACUAUGGUGAGAGUCUCCAAAAUUUUAUAGGUAUUUCUGCUGUAUUUUAAGUCUGUUUUAUUAUGCUUACCAAAGAUGAAGCAUAUAGUCGCCGCUUCAAUGGUCAGUUUGUCAGUUUUAUGUCCACACUAUUUUUGAGCAACCAUUGGUUAGGAUUAAAAAACUUAAAUGUUAAUCUUUAUUAUCAAGAUGUGCAUAUUGUCUGCAUGGCAAUCAUUCAGUUAUGGCCGCUUUUUAAUAUAAGGUCAAAUACUUUUUGAGUUACGUGUGACACAAGUUGAAAAUUGCAAAUUUUUACUAAGUCAUGGGCAAUCACUCUAAAAAUACUGAAUAAAUCCACUCGAAAAUACCCAGGUGCACAACUGCACAUGCUGAUCAACAUUCCUGUUAAGUUUCAUGACUCUAGGUCAAAUACUUUGAGUUAUGUGCGACACAAAAGAGAACGGACAGUCACGGGUAAAUCUAAAUCCCCCCUUCCCCAGUGGGGGCACAAUCAAAGCAUUUCUACAUAUCUGUUCAUAGUGCUUUGUAAAAUGAAUGUCUGGUUUGUUACAAAUAAAUUACCAACAAAUACCUGUA